AUGAUGCGCCUCGUCGGUGGUGUUUUUCUCGUCCUAGCCCUAGUCCCGACAAUCGGCGCCGCAUCGCCUGAUGACGAGGCGGAAAUGCCAGAGAUAUUCGUCCCAAGAUAUUGCGAGGCGGACGAUUUUUCGGGGGAUUGCGAGACGAGCUACGCCAUUGGGGAUGAGUUACCCGAUCCACCAGACGCAGUUCCGUUGGACCGAAAGGCACCGCCAGUGAUUUAUGACGAGCCAAAGCCGUUGUCGCGGAUUACGGUAGAGGAAUUGGAUGGCCGGCAGAUUGAUGGGGAGAUGAUGGACGGCCGAAACGCUACCGCUGCACCCAUCAACAACACAACACUACCACCCGAAAUUCCCGAAUUCACCGGCGACAAAAAAGUGCCGGUGUUUGUGGUGACGGUCACCUGCUUCACCAUGGCGGCGCUUGGAUGUGUUGUGGUGACGCUGCGCUCACGUGCCGACGAGCGACGCACACGUCUCGCCCAGGAGGCGCUGCGCAAUCAGAUUACCCGCGAGGUACAAGAGCAUCGUGAUAGGAAACGCGGCGAGCCGAAGCACUCCUCAAAAAUCGAGGGAAAGACCGGCUCGCAGUCUCCACAAAAAAUGACAAAAACCGCCAAGCAGAUAUCGGCCCCGCCGCGAAACAUUCCUACCGGGCCGAGCGCCGCCAGUCGCCAGCAGACCCGUCGUGAUGGCUGGGAAAAACCG